ACAAAGAUUUUGCUGAAAUAAAUGCAGCAAAAGAGGUAUGGCCACAAUCUGAUAUACAAUUAUGCCAAUGGCAUAUUGAUCAAGCAAUCAAUAAAAAAUUAAAAAGUAAAAAAAGAAUUCAAUACACCCAAUAUCAGCCUGAAGAAGCCGCUGCUGAGUUUAGUUUCAUUAACCCAAAGUUUAAACCAGAAUUGAAUCGUUCUGACCCUGAUUAUUACCAAGUCUGCCUAUUAGACCUACGAAAAGAUAUUAUGAAUCUCAUUAGAAAGCAUUUUAACAUGCACCCAAAAAUACCUAUUAAUGCAGAUGGUAAAUGUUUGACAUCUGCAGAGAUUCGAGAACAUGCAGUGCUUGAAUUAUAUAGUUUUUGUGUAGAACAUAAUUUUGUAAUAUUAUGGUCAUACUUGUGGUCUUCAUGGUAUAAAAUAUCACGUUGGCAUCUCUGGGCACGUUUAAUGCGAGCAACAAUACCAAUUGGAAAAAUGAAUAUGAUAAUAGAAUCGCAUUGGAAACAAAUAUAUCAUGGUCGAAUAACACCAAAGUGGUUUGAAAAAUUUAAGAAAACCUGGAAUCAACUUGCUGAACAGCUAAUUGCUGAUAAUAUGGAAAACC